AUGAGCACCACAAAGAACAUCCUCAUCACCGGCGGAGCAGGCUUCCUAGGCCCAAUGCUAGCAUCAAAACUCCUAAAACAAGGCCCCUGCAACGUCGUCCUAACCGACCUCCACGCACCCCCACAACCAAACGGCGUGCACCCCUCCACCUCCAACCUGGAACUCGUCGCCGCAGACCUGACAAACCCCUCGGAUAUAUCCCGCCUCAUCUCCCUCCGCCCAACCUGGCACGCAAUCUUCAUCUUCCACGGCAUAAUGUCCGUAGGCUGCGAGGAGAACCCCGCCCUCAGCACAAAGGUAAAUCUGGAAGCUACGCAAGCCCUUUUGAAAGCGGUGUCUUCUCUGAGUGAGAAACCCCGCGUGGUCUACGCCUCCACACAGGCCGUUUACGGACCUCCCUACACUGCAAGCGGCCCUAUAACAGACGAUACCCCAGCGACACCAGUCGGCGUGUACGGAACGCACAAACUCAUCAUGGAAGCACACAUCAACGAUAUGAAUCGCAGAGGCCUUAUCGACGCCUUCGCAGUGCGCCUUCCCACUGUCACUGUGCGGCCUGGCGCGCCGUCUCGCUCGGCAGCCGCGUUCCUGAGCGGUAUUCUGCGUGAGCCGCUCGCGGGGUUGGAAUGCAUCGUCCCGAUCGAGGACCGCGCCGCGCGCCAGGUAAUCUGCUCUCCGCGGGUGAUGAUCGAGAAUUUCGUGCGCGUUAUGGCCGCGCCUAGCGAUGCGAUGCCGUCGCAUAUUCGCGCGAUUUACAUGCCUGGCAUCUCGGUUACGCUGGGGGAGAUGUACGAGGCGUUCGAGGAGGUGGUCGGGAAGGAGAAGUUGGGGCUGCUGAAGACGGAGAGGGAUCCUGAGGCGGAGAGGCUGCUUAAUAGUUGGCCGCAGACGGCGGAUUUUGGAAACGCGAGGAGGAUGGGGUUGGCGUUUGAUGAGAGUUGCGUGCAGAUUUAUAGGGAGUAUGUUGAUAGUUUGAAGGCGUAG